CGGGCGAAUAAAUCGAAUCGUGUAAACCAUGGCCCAAAGUGGAUCGUUCUGACAACGAUUAACAGCGUGCGUUAGUUACUUCGUCAAUCCAGGCGCUCUCCGAUGCUCGAGGCAAACCCGAAAUGGAAAAUCCGGACGUGGUCGAGCAUUUCUACGGCGUUUACCUUCUCUACUGCACCAACCCGAGGUACAAGGGCAGAAUCUAUAUCGGUUACACCGUGGAUCCGAACCGCCGGAUCAAACAGCAUAACGCGGGAAAACAGUUCGGCGGAGCUUGGCGGACCAGCAAUAAGGGACCAUGGACGAUGGUGAUGAUUAUCCACGGAUUUCCCAACGACAUUUCAGCUCUCCGGUUCGAGUGGGCUUGGCAGCAUCCGGAUAUCAGUCGACGAUUGAAGCACGUCCCGCGUAAAAAGUCAGGUCAGAAUAGUUUCGAUUACCACUUGAUGGUGCUGGGAGAAAUGCUGAGAGUCGGACCUUGGUCUCGACUACCGCUGACCGUUCGUUGGCUGGCGCCCCAUUUCGCGAAGGAUUUCCCAGCCGAGCGAUGCCCCCCGAUGCACAUGCCUUUGGUGUACGGCAAAGUGAUCCCGAAGAAGGUGCAGCGAGACGAGGGCGGAACAAAGAACAGGAAUAAAGAUGCUUUCCCUGAGGACACUGAUGCUUCCGGAAGUGCAGGGGGGCUGCUUUGUUCGCUCUGCAAGAGCCUGUUGGAGCCAAACGAAAAGCUGACUUGCGUCAACCCGACGUGCACGCUGGUGAGUCACUUGGUUUGUCUGGCGAAGAGGUUCAGGAACGACGGGAUGAUUUUACCGGUAGAAGGAACGUGUCCUGCCUGCCGGAUCAAUAUUCUAUGGGGGGAUUUGAUCAGGAAGAUGAAAGGCUGCUACCAAGAUUUGGCCGAGGCGGCAAACGCCGAAAGCGAUUCCGAUAUCAGUGAUUUUUGACCCCUAAUUAGACAUAAGUACAAUCUUCUCACCCUCGGUUGAUUCCUUGCAUGUUAAAUAUUUCGCUUAUUAUUUAUACUUUCGAUACGUUCAACGAGCCAAGGACUUUCGUGCGAAGAGAAUAGUCGCCGACUAAUGAUAUUUUGAAGAAUUGUUAAUAUCAAAAUAAUACCCGUGCAUUUGUGAGAAAAAUUUCAUUGUUUCUAUUCUGAUACAAUUUCACACAUAUGUUCAUAAGGAAUUUGUAUAUAUUAUACUGUAAUAUAGGUAGAACCGUAGUUUUAAUUAAUCUUUAGAAAAAAUACACAAACUCGUGAUUUUACAUUGAACAGAUCUUUAAUCGACUAUAAAACAUCCUCUCGACUAACUGAUUAAUCCUAACUUUACUUUAAUACCUUAAAGUUUCGAGGGGGUCCCACUCAGGUAAAUUCAUCAUCAGCGAAUGAUUGUUUCAAUAUACCUUUUGAAUUUUGAAUUAUCUUUCAUGACGGUUUCAUGCAUUUUUCUGCAAGUCAUUCAGACCAAAGUAUGAAAGAAAGUGAUUUUCAAGAAAGCGUGGAGUAAAAUCGGACGUGACAUUUCUCUCCAAGUGCCAACAUUUUUCGAAAAUAGAUCUCUGUAUCAAAUAUCGAAAAAAUUUUGCCAAACCUUAUAAAUUUGAAAUCAGAUACUUAUCACGAAGCUUAGUCUCUACAUUUGAUUUAGUAAAUCCGCAUAAUCAGUAAUUUGUAAAUAUUCUAGCCAGAUCAUAAAAAUGUUCACGCAAUAUUAACUAGAAUAAGUGUGAAUGAUAAAUAAAAAAUUAAAUGCAAGCAAGCUAAAUUGAUGAAUGCAGUUUAUUGUAAAUAAUUAUAUAAAUAAGUUAUAGGAAUAAAUGAAUAAAUAAAUAGAUAAAUAAAUGAAUAAAUAAAUAAAUGAUACGUAUAAAUAGUAGCGUUUAAAACUAAAUGCCAAACUAACUUGUCGUAUUUACAAAUUCAGUGCUUGUACACAUUUCGACCUGUGUUAUCGAUUUUGAAAUUGAAUUUUCCCGAGAAAGGCAUU